CCUUUGCUUAGAACCGGAGCUCUGGCCCAGUGCCGCGUGGGGCUGGGGAGGCAGGCCCUGGGCCUGUUACUCCCAGUCGUGCUGCUGUAGAACCUCGCCCGGACGGGGGCUUGCAGGACCUCCUGUCCUGGGACACUUUCUUCCCUCAGACCAGCCUGGGCUGCUUCUCCUCCAGGGGCAGGUGAAAGAGGUGGAGAGAGACUUUGAAAGGGAGUAUGGAAAACUGCAGCAGCUGGAGGAGCAGACCAAGCGGCUGCAGAAGGACCUGAAGAAGAGCACGGAUGCUGACCUGGCCAUGUCCAAAUCCGCUGUGAAAAUAUCCUUGGACUUGCUCUCCAACCCCCUCUGCGAGCAAGACCAGGACUUUCUGAACAUGGUGACAGCCCUGGACACGGCCAUGAAGCGGAUGGAUGCCUUCAACCAGGAAAAGGUGAACCAGAUACAAAAGACCGUGAUUGAGCCCUUAAAAAAGUUUGGCAGUGUCUUCCCGAGCCUCAACAUGGCGGUGAAACGGCGGGAGCAGGCCUUGCAGGACUACAGGAGGCUGCAGGCCAAGGUGGAGAAGUAUGAGGAGAAGGAGAAGACGGGGCCGGUGCUGGCCAAGCUCCACCAGGCCCGGGAAGAGCUCCGGCCCGUGCGGGACGACUUUGAGGCCAAGAACAAGCAGCUCCUGGAUGAGAUGCCACGGUUCUACAACAGCCGCCUGGACUACUUCCAACCCAGCUUCGAGUCCCUGAUCCGCGCACAGGUCGUGUACUACUCGGAAAUGCACAAGAUCUUUGGAGACCUGACCCAGCAGCUCGACCAGCCUGGCCACACUGACGAGCAGCGGGAGCGGGAGAACGAGGCCAGGCUGAGCGAGCUCAGGGCCCUAUCCAUCGUGGCCGAUGACUGAGCCCAGGCCUCAGAGGACCCCCGGCACACGAGUCAGCCGCUAGUCUGCCCUUCUCAAACUUAGGCUCGGGCGUCAGCCAGCAAAGGGCCCUUCCCUGGGAGAAGUUUGGGGAUGGCAACGACUCCCACUCCACCUCCCCAGCCCUUGGGAAUGAGCCUGGCACCAGGAACCCCAAGCAGGCUGCCGUCUCCCCACCCGUAGCAAGAGCCUAGACAGGUAAGCAGUGUAGACUGUCUUAGUUCCUAAGGAACUGUCCAAAGUGCAUCCAAACCUAGGGCCAGAGCAUGGGCUUUGUCUGCUCCCUUGAGGUCUUAGCCUGGCUUGCACAGUUGGGGCCACAUCUACCUCCAGAAGGGCCACCUGGGGGAGUCACCCACCCUCGUUGCCUUUCCACCUCAGACUCCCCUUUGCUGGGAGAAGCCUGUGACGUUGCCCUCGGAACAGUGAGAGCCGUGGUCUCCCAGCGCCCCCAGCAGGACAGUGGCGCUCUCAGCCCUAUGCGUCUAGUUUUACAGGUUCCCUAGGAAACCAGGGCUCAGUGAGUGUAAAUACCCUACCAGGCAAUAUGUCACUGACUGAUUCACAGGCCUCAAAGCAAGAACAGUGGGGUUUGUGUCUCACCUGAUUAUUGGGAAUUUUAUUUUUCCAAGUAAAGUUUUCAAUAAAAUUUCCUUAUAUUA